CACGUCAGUUUGUCAGCUCGCUACAUUCGUUGACGCACCUACCCAUUCGAGAUGCCAGUCCUCCUCUCCGAGAAGAGAACACAGGAUAUGACGAAUCCGUUUAAAAUGGCAGCGCUGUUACCUUGUGUUUCCAAGUGCAAAACGGGGCUUUUGGAUCGUGGUCCGAUUCUUCUCCUGUCCUCAUUGAGGUUUGCAUCCAAAAAGGCUGGCGGUAGCACCAAGAAUCAUGGAGGAAAGAGCCCUGGCAGGAGAUACGGCUUCAAGAAGCAAGAUGGAAACUUUGUCCGUGCUGGCAACAUUCUGGCAACACAGAGGCUGCUGAGGUAUCACCCAGGAGCCCAUGUUGGGAUGGGAACCAAUAAUACUCUUUAUGCUCUUGAAGAUGGUUACAUCAGGCUCACCAAGGAUGUCUACACCCCAUUCCCUCGCAGUCUGGAGGCUAGCCAAAUCAUCACCAAGCUUGGCAAAGGAACUUUACUUUACAAAACCUUUAUCAAUAUUAUUCCAGUAAAGCAAGAGCCCACAUUCAAAUUGCUUAGCAUGGUCUAAACCUGAUGUGGACGUAGUUGUCGUGAGGUUCAAACAGUACUUUUGGUAAAAAUUCUACAACAAUGAAUUUACAAAUUUCUUUUUACAGUGGACUUCCCCAAAAGUUGCAUUCAUUAUUCAAGAGGAACCACAUUUUCUGAAAAAAAAAAAAUCACACCAUGCAAAGCUCCAUUUUACUGAGCAUGGAUCAGAUUAUUUUUGCAAGUGUUGGUUUUUCAAUUUUUUUUAACUAAAAGGUUGUCAAAUUCUGUUUUGACAUAGUCCAUGUUGGUAGCAUUCCCCUCACACUUAUGAUUGACAAUUUGAUGUAGACUGGAAAUUUUUCUUCACACCAGUUUUUCAAAGUUACUGUAGAAAGUGGUUGGGUAACCCCAAAAUGCUUACAUGUCUGAAAAUGUAUUAAAUAUGCUGAUGCGAAAUUUAGAGUUAGUUAAUUUAGAGUUAAUCACUCAUAGAAGUUGCCGCAAAGAAUUUGCUUUUGCAGGCCACCUAAGAUGGUGUGUUAGGGUGGCUGUGGCCCCAGGCGUUGAAUUUGUUUCAGUACAGUAAUAGUAACAGUAAGUUAUCUUUUUUUUAAUUAAUUUAUCAAAAAGACUGUUACCUCGGCACCACCAUCAGAUGUCCCUACAUUACAAUGACUGAAAUGAGUUAUUAAUUACAAAAAUGGUUUCACACAUUGAAGAUGAUGAAUUUCCUAAUUUGCUUCCAGUUUCUAUUAAUUUGAUACAUGUGAAAUUACUCAGUUCUGUCAUUAGAAAACGUUUUUUUUUUCUCCAAUUCUCACAAGAAUUCGGUGUAAAACACAAAAUCCCAUUUUUUUUACAUUCAUUAUCAGGUACUGUUCCACUCCAAAUUCCUUGGUACAAUCAUCUGGUGAUAGUGCUGGGAUAAGCUGUAAAAGUUGUCAUGCAAACAACACAAUCUUUCAAUAAAGAUUUUGUGCUUGUC